UCUAUUGCAGACUCAACCAAUUGUGGAUCAUUUGUUCAAGUUCCAGGCCAUUCAAGACCCUUGUUAGAGGAGAAAGUAAACAAAUGUCAAAGAAGGAUCUGAAGUUGGAGAUUCCGCCGGAGACUGAAACGAUAACAGGAGACGCCGUAGAGUCCCAUGCGCCAACGCUGGCAUCAGGGCAAGGGCAAGGUCAAGGUGCACCAGGACUUAGUCGGCAGCCGAGUAUGACAAAGAAUAAUUGCCUAUGCUCUCCGACUAUGCAUGCCGGAUCGUUCCGUUGCAGGGUUCAUCGAGCACCGACUCUACAACGGACCAAAAGCAUCGAGUCUCAAUCCGCAACCGUUGAUGAUAACACAUCUAAGCCCAGCUCUGCCACUGAAGAAUAAUGUAGCAAUAGUGCCAAAUGUAUGGGGCAUCAAUAAUUUCUGUGUAUGAUUGACUCUUGUUGAUCCUACCGACACUGCUAAAAUAAUUUCAUUU